AUGAAUUGCAUAAAAAUAUUCAGGAGUUCUUUGAUAGCUGCGCGAUCUAUAAAAUCCUAUAACAAUGUACCGAAACGAUGUAGCAGGUCGUCUUCAUGUGAUGAAUGCUUGUUCCCCGAUAAAAAGCCGUGUUUCGACAUCAACAAAGUCUCGAUAAAACGUGGGAACGUUGGUCAUGCAAGGCUGAUCAAAUCGUUUCUUUACUCCCACUACUGGCCGCGGGAGCCGAGCGUCGUUGGGCUCUGGAUGUGUGUAAACUGUCCUUAUCUUGAAGUCCUCUCUGAGAAGUACUCUAAUUCAGGCGAUCGGUUUUUGGCAUACGAGUUUAUUGAACGUACGAGGGAAUGGAAGCUGGUAGGUGUUAGUGUUGCCAAUAAAACAUAUCCUUGGAUGGUGGAAGAACUCGAGGAAUGGGCGCACUACACUCAAUCGAAACCUGAGCGGAACCGGAUGUACUUCAUAGCGCACUGCUUGAAAAGUCCCAAUUUAUUCAAUAAAUAUAACGUUGAUUAUCUUUAUGAUGUGGAAAUUCUAGGAACAGCGUCUGAAGUAGCCGGUCAAGGCGUUGGCAAACUGCUACUGCAAGCGAUUCUCAAAAAUGCUGAGGACCUCCGACAUCCUCUCGUUCAUGUGAUAUCAGUCAGUCAAUAUACGUCAAAAAUCUGUGAAAGCUGUGGAAUGAAGAUGGAGUGGUCGAUGGAUUUUAGUGAGUUCAUCGACGACGCUGGUCAGAGGGUUUUUUUCCCUAGAAGACCUCAUCACACCGUCAACGUUUACGUAAAACAUUUCAAUCCAUCUGAAGGCGGCCGAGAACCUUGCAAGCCACCCUUUUUAUAACAUCGAGUACUUAUAACCAGGGCCGGAUUUUUUCCAUACAUCACCCCGGUACAGUUAAUAUCAAGGCGAACACAAAAAGGAUCAGGAACCAUGCGGCUUAAAAUAAAAACAUCUAUAUAUGGACACCGCAUUCUCUGCAGUAUCUGUAAAGCCGCUCCUGCUUUUAUCUAUAAUACUUAUAAUCAUCCUUGUGACAGGGAAAUAAAAGUCAAAAAUAAAAUAAGAUCAAGUAAAAUAAUGGCGUUUAUUUGAAAGUCUUUCGUGAUUUAUAAAAGCAUAUUCAAUAUGUACAUUUAUAACAAAUAAUAAAAAGUAAGAAAACCCAUGUAA